AUGGCACCAAAGAUCGCUUCCUCCAAGAUAACGCUUUCAUGUCCGCUUUUUGCGGCUGAUUUCGACCCUCACAACCACGGCUUCCUGCUGGUGGGAGGGGGUGGUGGUGAAGGACGCAGUGGCGUUGGCAACAAGAUCUCCCUUCUCGAUACCUCUCGGCGCGAUACUAUAUCGGAGGUAGUCGAUAUUGAGCUCUCCCGCGAUGAAGAUUCGGUCACCUCCCUAGGCGUUAUACAAUGCAGUGACCAAGACGUCGUGGCCCUGGCCGGAAUAAAUAGCUCUCAGGCGGAACAGAAACGAGGCAACAACAAACAUCUACGAUCCUUCGAACUCACAUACCCUCCAAAACGAAAGGCUGCUACAGAUUUAAAGAACGGGGGCUACGGCGGCGAUGAUGCAGUAUAUAUCAAAGUUGGCGAGCCAAAGACAAGAGCCCUAUCUCAGGUCUCUUUAUUUAGGAAACAAGAGUCAAAAUCAGAGGAAGGAGAAGCCUAUCAGCGAAUAUUACGGCUUUCUCCCUGGAAAGGCGAAGGCGCGAAGCGCAUCGGUGCCAUUGCAACUGGCCUAGCUCCCCGAGGAGAGCUUGUUUUCUUCGAAGCAGACGCACAAUCCGUAUCCGCACCAAAUGUUUUGGGGCGUGUCAUACUUGGACAACAGGAAGAGGUUGAAGAUGUGGAUAUCAUUGACACGAGCGAGGACGGAACCUUCAAGUUUGCAUAUACAGAUGGAAAGGAGGUCCAUCUUGCGAAUAUAGCGAUGUCCUCGAAAUCCAACCUGCACGUAAACUCUAUAUAUAAGGUCGGCGGAGGACUGAAAAGCAGCAAAAUCAGAGCUUUGCGCUUUAUCUCUCCAAACACCCUUCUCUUGCUCCAGAACUACCCUGGCCGCACUGGAUGCGAGCUUGUGGUUAUAUCACUCUCUAGCCAAAUGUCCAAGUGGACAGUUUCCCGGAGGAGAAGCCUACAUAGGUCAAUGAAGAUUGGUCUAGGCUUGGAUGUUUGCCGAUUAUCCGAAUCUCCUUCCGGAGAAAGACAAUGCAUAAUUGCUGUGUCAGGCAGUGAUAUGUCUAUUGAGGUUUUGACACUUGAGACUGCCUCUAAAGGCCAAAUCGGGAAAUUACAACACUAUACCACUUUCACCGAUGUCCAUCCAUUCUCAAUGACAAGAAUAACGUUUUCGACCUUUAUUUCUCCAACUUUACCUAUUACCUCAGAUGUACGGCCCCAAUUCGUGAAGCUAGCCUCUGUCAGCGUGGGGAAUACCGUCAUUGUCCACACCUUCCCCCUAUCUCCCUACCCUACAACUUCAAAACACCCACGAUAUGUUCUGGCCGCUCCCGGCCUCUCGGAACUUGCCAACACCAUAUUCAGCUCUCUCGUGGCAAUAUUUGUCGUCGCGCUGGGUGCUUUCUUCCUACAAGCUUUUACGGAAAUUCGAGGCGGUGUUCCCCCUACUCUAGGAGCUACGAACUGGCUUAGCCCGCGUCUCAGGGAAAUGCUCGCACGACCAUACAUGUUCGAAAACGGCCAUCCAAACGCUCAAACGUCUAUCCCAUCAUUAAAGGAUAUCCCUCAAGCCAAAACUUCCCAACCACUGCGAGACCUGAUAUCUUCACUAUCACAAUCCCAAGAGAAGGAAGGCUCCUCCCCCACCCCCGGAAAGCCGCAAGAAGCCAUUGUUGUCCAUGACCUUGGGACCGAAAUAUCAGCAAAGUCUACAGUUCUAUCACACGACGGUGAAAAGCACGAGACAGACCACUCGAAAACCAAGAAAUGGGAAGAAUUGACUGAAGAACAGCGCAAGAUAUGGAAGCAGAAACUAGCAGAUGCCGGCCACUGGGCACUAGAUGAAGGCGAGGUGCUACUCCGCGGCGUACUUUUUGGCGAAUUGGCUGGAUUCGUUGGCCAGAUUAUGGCUUAA